UUCACCUGAUUUUGGGAGGGCAGAGUUGCAGUUUCCCUCUUGCUCAUCCACCCCCAGGAAAGGACAAUUUCUGUCCUGCAGAGAGCAUGGACGAAAGGGUAUGAAAAAAAUACCUUUCGUGGUCUGACUGCCGGUGGAACAUUGCCUGUUCACACUGAAUGUGGUCUUAAUCUAACUACAAAGACUGAAUUAUGUCAAUGGCUAGACCAAAGAGAUCCAGAGGCGUUCUCCUGUAUUAAACCUCACAAUGGGUUUUGUGAGGCUUUUACCUACCUGAAGACAGCCAAAAGCCAGAUUCAUAUCUCAGCCUCUCUGAAGGUCUUUGGGCACCACAGGAAUGGAUGGUUCGAGACCCAUGUGGCAGUAGACAAGGAGAGGAAGAUUCAGAUUCAGUGAGAGAUUUGUGGGCACCUCUUUGUGUGUCUUUCUCAUUCUUUUCCAUAAAAAGAUGACAUCACCACACAUGAAAUCAACAGGUUAGUGGGACAGAAAGACACGGCCAUAAAGCCGGGCCUGCACUUUAACUCCUGCCCUAUUGAUGAUUUCAUCAGCAGGGUGAUCGAUGUUCACAAAGCCACCCCACGCCUUCUGCUUAUCCCUGACCCAAAAGUAAUCAUCAAAGCAGAAAAUACCAGGGAGACGCACAUAGACAUGGUGCAAUUCAGUGACAUUCAUGAAUAUGUCCAAUAUAUGGCAAUGAAAGACAUUUUUGGUCUUAAGAUGGGUAUCAUUGAUGCCUGGUCUAUGACUACAGCAUAUGCCACAAUUCACCCACCAGAUCAUGUGGUUGGGAACCAAAUCAAUGUAUUUUUGUCACAUAUAUGUUUAGUCCAAGUCACGGACAGGACAUGGAAAGUGGACCAAAACCCACCAAGUCAUUUCAUGUAG